UUGUUGUAGAAUUACUGUUGGAAGUGCUAGCAGUAGUGCCAUUUAAUAAAGCUAAUAGGAAUCUCCUACCGUUGACCAACUCGCUUCAUUGUGGUAGGUUCGUCCGUAAAUAACGAAAGAAAGACGAAUCGGUGUGUGUUUGUGCAGCGAUAUAUGCGAACCAGCGCAUGUUUAGUCUAAAAAACGUGCAUUAUUCCACUACAGAUACCAGCGGAGUGCUACCAUUCAUUAGCCGUUCGACGCAACGAUAAACGGGCUCAAGCCGUAAUCAAUCGCGUUCGUUGGCUCGGAGAGUUAAGCAAGGGCGGCUGCAAGCGCUUGUCCUACGGCAAUUUUGAAAGUGGAAACCUUAGAGCAAUGGAGCGGGCGGGAGCAAAAGGACGAAAAAAAGUUAAAGGCACGAUGGGACCCUGCGUAAACUACUGAUUCCAGAAGGACUUAUAAUGCUGUGGUAGAGGCCAUAUGUGCCACAAAAUCAGCUGGAGAUUGCAUGGAGAGAUGUCGUCCUCCACAAUGAUUGAUAAUGGCGUUGCCGGGAAUGAGUAUGAUUUAUCGAAGGCUACUGCCAAACCUGGUGACCCAUCUUUCAGGGCUGCGGAGACUGUUUCAGUUGUCGAGGAGGACUGCGCCUCAAUGGCGGCAGGUGAUGAAGCUGAGUAUUUCUGGAGCUCCCCUGAAGGUUCCACUGUUGUAGAAGCUACGGUUGUGUCUGGUUUGGAAUCUAUGGCCCGGGAGGAAAUCAAAGAGAAGCUCAGCCUUUACGGUCAAACGAGUCGAGGACGAGUGUGGUUUACCGUCCCAAACGAUCGCCUCGAAGAGAUCUGGAAGCUACAAUCGGUCGACAAUCUGUUUGUGGUCAUGCAUCGCGUGCAUCAUGCGAAAUUCGUCGAGGACGAGGAGCGUGACCUCAACUACCUCUACGGUUUGGUGGCUAAUCUGCCUUGGAAAAAAAAUAUCGAAGUAUGGAGGAGGGUACGCGCCCCUGAGCAAAAUUUAGAUCGCAUAUUUGCGUUCGAAGGUCAGCCUCCAGGGCAAGGAGCUUCCGGAUGCGACCUCGAGGGUCUUCCGCGCUUUCGUGUCACGUGUAACCGUACAGGACCGAAUCACAAAUUCACUUCGAUGCAAACAGCCGCUAAAGUUGGAGCAGCUAUUAAUGAUGCCUUUCGCUGGAAGGUGGAUAUGAAGAAUUUCAAUCUUCACAUUAUUGUAAACAUCUGCUCAAAAAAGGUAGACUUUCUGAUCGGCCUAACCGCAACAUCUCUACAUCACCGCAAUCUGAUUGAUUUUGGACCAACGUCACUGCGAUCUACAAUCGCUUACAAUAUGUUACGACUGUGUCGGAUUCGCCCCAGUGAAAUAAUUUGUGAUCCUUUAUGCGGAGGUGGCUCAAUUCCGAUUGAAGCCGUUCGGAAUUUCCAGCGGAACUUCGUAAUAGCAGCUGAUCACCACGAGCUCGCAAUUCCACGGUGCUAUAAAAAUUUUUUGCACAAUAAGCCCGUCACGAAUAGGGCAGAAUUGUUAACUUGGGACAGUACUCGAACGCCGCUACGUUCAAAAUCCAUCGACGUUUUAGUGACAGAUUUACCUUUCGGAAAGCGCUUAGGCCGCAAAGGCGAUAAUCGAAUCUUUUACCCGGCAUUAUUAAGAGAAUUUGCCCGAAUUUCGUUAGCAGGAAAAUCACGAGCAAUCUUGCUUACGCAGGACAAAAGAUCUCUUAUCAAGGCUUUACAAACUACGUCCCGCUGGUGGCGUCAAGCUUAUACGAUCGGUUGUAAUGUGGGAGGACUUGAAGCCGCCAUCUUCGUAUGCUACCGCACUAGCGCUGAAUAUUACGAAAUAUGAAACACGGGUACAACACUGAAACUUACUUCCGUAAUAGUACUAUGUACAAACUUUGAUUCUUAAGGUGUACUGAUUGACUGACAUCGAUUCCGAAGCCACACCGUAAGACACAAAGUACGAGAAAGGGGUUGUAGUAAAUCAAUCUGUUAAAGAAGGUGCUUCGUAGAACAGUUCUUUUUUAAAAUUUCCGGCAACACAUAGCUUGGUGAAAAAUAUGUCAUUCCUGUUACUAUACAUUAUAAUACUUCUUUGCUGUUUUCUUUAUACUGAUAUGCAGAAGGACAGACGCCAGAAGAUUAUCGAGACUAGCUCAGAGCUGUGCUGCAAACAGUUUCAUCUUGCAUUUAUUCCUUAGUAGCAAUAGUCGUAUUAUAAAAGAAAAAAACACUGGAUAAACAUUUGUGACAUAAAAAAAACGCCAUCGUAAGGACCUAGGUAUGCCUACAGUAAUGUGAACGUGUGAAACUUGUGAAAGCCUACUUGCGGCAAAAUGAGACGCAAUAUAAACAGAUUUGAGAAAAGUUGCUCAAUACACAAACGAAUGUUUUGUUGUCGAAUACAACAGUAAUAGCACGUGUAUAGAAUAUAAAUGAAAGGACGUGUUUGCUUUAAUAGCCUUAAUAAGUUUGCAGACCAACAAGAAGCUUACCGAUCGUUAUUCCUGUAAGGUCAGAAUUCUAUACGGCACAAAAACACGCUUUUAAUUAACUGACUUUCAUUAUUUCUGUUUUCAAUCGCAAUGCAAUCUUACAUCAACCAAGUAUGAUAGGUGCUUUUUUUUUCAAUGUCAACAACAUAACAGAUUAUCAAUAGUAACAUUGUGUUUAUAAGUGAGUUUAAGCGUCGUCUUCGAUUAACCUUGUUUUCGUUUAAUUCGUACAAACUUGGCAGAGUUCACGGAGACUUUUCUGUUAAGAACGUACUUACAUUUCGGAUGCGGGACAUCGAGAGAGCAAGUUUGUGUCCCAGCUAAAAGAAGAACAUACACACAAAUUAUUUGUGCUGAACAGUAAAUGCCGUUUGCUACAUAUAUUGCACUUAAGAGUGGACAGCAAGAUUUGCCAUAGUGAUUUCGAUGUUACUGUCCAACGCCCACUAAAAAAGUACAAACUCUACAUUCUCAUUCAAUAAAAAACACAAACAUCUCAUCCGCCACACGCUCAAAGGAAUAAUAAAUGGUAUCAUGAUGUAAGUUUCAAUCAAUAAAUAAUAAUAAUAAAUAUUUAUGCAAAGUAAAUAGUGCACACUCUGCAAUACUAUUUUCUUUAUACCAACACUUUUUGCGUUGCGUGUUUGUAGCACCCAAAUUUAACUGCAUUUGAUUUUUGGCACUGCAAUCGAUUAAUAUGAUAAGUUCUAGGCAGACAUCUGCGCAAAACUUUCACCAGUUUUUCAUUUUUUAGGUAUACUAUCAUAGUGCUGUUUUAAAUAUUAGUGGAAUAUGGCACGGAUCAUAGCAGUUAGGCCAAUACCUUAACAGCCUGGUAUGUUAUAAAGAGUUGUCUACAGCUUUCGUGUCCAUAGGAGUAGGAGACAGAGGAAUCACUGCCCAUUUUGUAUACGGUCGUCUGCGUAUAUAGGCGUGUUUGGAUUACAUCAGUCAGGAGGACGACGAAGAACAUAGAAAAAAAUAAGUCAAACUCAUUUAUUACUAAUUC